AUGUUUGUGAUAAGUGCCCCUUCACUGCCAAGGCAGAAGACGAUGAUCCCCCCGAUGUUCGACCUCGCCGUCUUGGCGCUCUGCUUCGCUCAGGCUGCCAUGUCGACCCCGUCCGACCAUCGCUACAAGGAGCUCGACCCCGUCCCUCUCUACACCAACAAGGUCGGCCCCUGUUCCACAACCCGAGCUUGCACUGACUUCGGACUGCUCCUCCAUGAAGUGUGGACACUGUUUCGGUUGACUCCCUCUUCCCGCCCUCUUCUUCAGCCUCUUCCGAUGAACGGUUCGAUCGUCUCAUGGCUUCUUCUUGCGAUAUCCAUGAUCUCCAUCUCCUUCGAGGUUGCUGGGGGUUCAGCUUCAGCCCAGUGUCUCGGCGUCGACCAGAGAUCGCUCUUGCUCAAGCUGAGAAACAGCCUCGUCUUCAACGCCUCCAAGUCUUCCAUGCUAGUACAGUGGGACCGAAGUGGCGAUUCAUGGAGCGGCGUGACGUGCGAGGACGGCCUCGUCAUUGGUCUUGAUUUGAGCAACGAGUCUAUCUCUGGCGGAAUCGACGGUUCGUCAAGCCUCUUCAGGCUCGAGUUCCUUCGGAGCCUGAACUUGGCUUUCAACUACUUCAACUACUUGACGAUUCCAUCAGGCAUCGCAAAUCUCAGCCGCUUGGUACAUCUCAACUUGUCCAAUGCUGGAUUCGUGGGGAAGAUUCCGGCGGAGCUAUCUCGCCUGAGGAAGCUACGUUCUCUUGAUCUCACUUGUCUUUCCUCUUAUCCGGCUUUUCUGAAACUUGAGAAGCCCUCUUUGAGGGCACUGAUUGGGGAUUUGGUGGAGUUGAGGGAGCUCUACCUUGAUUUGGUCGAUGUGUCUGCUGAGGGGAGUGGGUGGUGCGACGCGUUGUCUUCUUCAGUUCCGAAACUUGAGGUGUUGAGCAUGUCUAACUGUUCUCUGUCCGGUCCUCUGAAGGCUUCUCUUAUGAGUCUUGCUAAUCUGUCGGUCAUUCAACUCUAUGGCAAUAACUUUUACACCACAGUUCCUAAGUUCUUAGCGAAUUUUUCCAGCUUGAAAACUCUGAGCCUAGCUUUUUGUGGUACACUUCCUGUUUCCAUUGGUAAUCUCAAGAAAUUGUCUAGCAUAGAACUGCAAUUGGGCAUGCUUGAUUUGGGUAGCAAUCAGUUACAGGGGCCAAUACCAGCAUCCAUAUUCAAACUGCAAGGGCUUGGUUACCUUUCACUUUCUUCCGAUAAUUUCAGUGGCUCAAUGAAUAUCGAUGCACUUCGGGGAUUUGGAAAUUUAGCUUAUCAUGAUCUUUCAUACAAUGGCAAGUCCAUUAACACUAUGGCGUCUGCUUCUGCUGCUGCAUCUUCUUUCCCUGAUUUUCAUACGUUAAAGUUGGCUUCCUGCCAAUUGCGAUCAUUGCCUCAGUUUUUGGCUAACCAGUCUACACUGGUCUCCCUCGACCUCUCCCACAAUUAUAUUCAAGGGGAGAUACCAAGAUGGAUAUAUUUGGAAACACCUCUGCCCAAUAUUCCUUCUGAUCUGGCUGUUGUCGACCUCCAUUUAAACAUGCUCCAAGGGAAUAUGCUACCUUUGCCAUCACACGGUGUCUAUUUGGAUUUCUCAAGUAACUAUAUCGAUUCUGUUAUUCCCGAUGACAUUGGCGACUACCUAUUAGGUACGAUGUUCUUCUCCCUUUCAAAAACUAAUUUCCAUGGGUCCAUCCCGAAGUCGAUUUACAAAGCUGAAUUUCUUCAAGUGCUCGACUUAUCUCGUAACCAACUGAAUGGAACUAUUCCUGAUUGUUUCGUGAUGAAGUCCCUCAAGGUAUUGAAUCUGAGAGAUAACCAGUUGAAUGGUGAUAUUCCACAAAACAUCCCUGGAACAUGUGGUCUGAAGACAUUGGAUUUCAGUGAGAAUUUUUUAUAG